GACAGUGCUGUGCCAUCCUGAGCACCCCAAAACUGCUGGAACCUCCACCCUCUAACCCCUCUUUGUCCUCCCCAGUGAGAAAAGAGCUGCUGGCCGAGGCGGCGGCGAGCAGGGAAGAGCUCCCGGCCGAGGAGGGGGCCCUCGCCUCCCCGGGGGCAGAGGGGGCAGCAGCCCCCUCGGUCUCAGGGGUUUAUUUCAUUUGCCCCUUGACCGGGGUGGUCGUAAGGAGGGAUGAGAAGGAGAAGCAGCUCCGGGAAGCCAUCCAGGCGUAUUUCUCUGUAGAUCCAGUGGCUGCCUCCAUCAUGGAGAUUCACACCUUCAACAAGGACCGGGAGAAGCUUCGAGUGGGCGUGGACUCUUCCUGCAGGUACCUGGACAACAUCUACCUCCAUCCAGAGGAGGAGAAGUACAGGAAGAUCAAACUGCAGAAUAAAGUGUUCCAGGAAAGGAUAAGCUGCCUGGAAGGGGUACACAGAUUUUUCCAGUCUGUUGGGUUUGAGACGAGAACACUGCCUGUUCCAGGACAAGAGACCACAGAGGAGUACUACGUGCUGAAGGACGAAAUGCUGACCAAGCUGGAAGACCUCAAGGACUACAAAGAGCAGCUUUUGAGCUCGGAGCCUGUCAGAGCCCAGCUGGACAGACAGCUCUGUGUCUUCCAACCAUCCCCUGCAGCCUCUCGCUUCGAGCUGCCCGACGACUUCUACAACCUCACUGCAGAGGAGAUCAGACGAGAGCAGCGGCUCCGGACAGAAGCUGUGGAGAAGGCUUCCAUGCUGAGGACGAGAGCCAUGAGAGAGAAGGAAGAGCAAAGGGAGCUGAGGAAAUACAACUACACCCUGCUGCGAGUCCGCUUUCCCGAUGGGUACAUCCUCCAAGGGACUUUUUAUGCACGAGAAUCAGUGUCUGCACUCUACAGCUUUGUGAGAGAAGCACUCAGAGAUGACUGGCUGCCCUUUGAGCUGGUGGGGCCUGGAGGUCUCAAGCUGACUGAAGAGAACUUGGCCUUCAAUGAAUGUGGGCUGGUGCCCUCAGCCCUCCUGACCCUGGCCUGGGACGCCGCCGUCAUGGCAGACGUGGAGGCGGCCGGCGAGGAGCCUCCAGCCAGCCCCCUGAAACCAGAGCUUCUCUCCAGGGUCCAGACACUGUCCUGA